CCUCGACUCAGGGAAGGGUCCUCCAGCAAUUUGACGGUAGACUUAAACCAGUAUCAAACAAGAAGUCUGAUAAAAAAUGCACGGCAACGUUUACAAGGUAAAACAAGCAUAAUUAUCUUUGUCUCCUUCAUGAACGUAACUUAGGCAUAACACUACAUUGACUGAUUUACGAACCUAAGCCUUUCCUUUUUCGUUCCUUCGGGUAUGAUUUGUGUCAUUGCUUUCUUUCUGGCUUAUCUACAGGUUGUAUUCGUUAUUUUCUUGGUGGCUGUACCCUUGUCGCACUGUAACACAUUACGAAACGCAUUCACGGAAGAGGAUUUAACUCCCAUGAUAGAAAAUCUCAAAUGGGAAGACAAAGAGGAGCAAACAGCCAUGGCAGAUUACUUCCACCAAAAGAGUUCCGAUGUACAGAAACGCAACAAUGCACUCUCAUGCGAAUGCAAAAAACGUAUUCACGAGACACUG